CACUUACUGGUGUCCGUUGAUUCCAAAGCAACAUGUGGUCUCCUGUAUUGGUCUGCCUUUUCGUCGGGCUCGUUUUGGGCGAUCAUGCCCCAGCCUGGAAGCCCAACACUGAAUAUCAAUAUGAAAUGCGCGGUCGCACUUUGACUGCCUACCACCAGGUCGCCGACCAAUGGGUAGGAAUUGUCACCAAAGCCAAACUUGCCAUCCGCCCCAAGACCGAAGAAGUCCUCGUCGGAAAACUUUCCAAUGCCCAAUACGCUGAAGUCAACAUGACUACUCCAGCUGAUUGGGGAAUGGAAAGCAUCGACAGACAAUUGCACUACCAAGAACUUCCCCUUAGCGGAAAGCCUUUUGAAGUGCAAUUGAAAGACGGACUCAUCCGUUCUCUCAUUGUCGACAAAUCCCUCAACAACCAGGAGGUCAACUACAUCAAAAGCAUCAUGAGUCAAUUCCAAGUCAACACUCAAGGAAAGAACUUGAUCAAAUCCAAACGCAACCAAUUGCCCGAAAAUGACCAAAUCAACGCUUUCUACAGAACCAUGGAGAAAUCCGUUACCGGUGAAUGCGAAGUUCUCUACGACAUCUCUCCUUUGCCCAAAUACGUUCUCCAAAGCCAACCCCAAUUGGCUCCUUUGGCCGAACUCUCCACUGAAGGACAAUUCAUCGAUGUCGUCAAGACUAAGAACUACAGCAGAUGCGACCAACAACCCGAAUACCACUUCGGACUUACUGGACUUUCUCAAUGGAAAUCUGCUUCCAACAAAAUUGGAGAAUUCUUCACUCGCUCCUCCGUCAGCCGUGUCAUCCUUUCUGGAAACUUGAACCGCUACACCAUCCAAUCCACUGUCACCACCAACAAAGUUUCUGUCAGACCUGGUCUCUAUGACAACCAAGAAGCUAUGGUUUACAGUACCGUUAACGCUACCCUCAUCAACAUGAAGGGAGCUUCCGAAAAGGCCCAAGGACCUUCCAACCCCAUCAACGUUGGAGACUUGGUUUACACUUACAACCGUCCUUCUUCUUCUCACAACGAAAUCCAAGCUAAAGAAGACAGAGAAUCCACCAGCUCUUCCAGCUCUUCCAGUUCCUCUAGCUCUUCCAGCUCCUCCAGCGAAAGCCAAGAACAAACCCACAAACACAAACAAAAUGUUCGCAGACACGAAUCUAGCCAAGAACAAAGCGAAGAACAAUACAAAAACCAUGGCAAAAAAUCCAGAUCUCGCCGCAGCAUUAUUAUGCCCCGCCAAGAAGAAGAACGUGAAAACCGUCGCCGCCAAGCUGCUUCUUCCAGCUCUUCCAGCUCCUCCAGCUCCAGCUCCAGCUCUAGCUCUUCUGACAUCUCUAGCUCCUCUAGCUCUAGCGAAGAAACCUACCAACCAAAACCCACUAUGGACAAAGCUCCUGAAACUCCUUUCUUGGCUAUGUCUGUAGGAUUCAGUGGAAAAUCUAUCCAACAAUCUGAACACGUAGACCUCGUAGAACAAGCCAAAAAAAUUGCCCAAGAAAUUGGUCAAAUCAUGCAAAAACCUGGAAAAAUUACUGAACAAAACGCCCUUGAAAAGUUUACUAUCCUUUCUGAAUUGAUCUCCAGAAUGGAUUACAGACAAAUUGAAGAAGUAUUCAACAAGUUGUACGUUCAUGCUGACGAAAAAGAUGAAUCUCGUCUUGCCGCCUGGAAAGUAUACCGCGAUGCUGUAGCUCAAGCCGGAACUGGCCCAGCCUUCAAGCAAAUCGCCAAAUGGAUCCAAUCCAAAAAAGUAAGAGGUGAAGAAGCUGCUGAAAUCAUUGCUACUCUUCCUCGCACUGUUCGCACCCCUACUGAUGAAUACUUGGAACAAUUCUUCCAACUUGCCAAGAACCAAGAAGUACAAACCGAACAACAACUUAACUCCAGUGUUAUUUUGGCUUUGACUGAAUUGUUGGAACAAUCCGUCGUCAACCGCCACUUGGCCCACACCUACUACCCCAGACACGCUUAUGGCCGCAUGACCCCCAAGGGAAUGGAAUUGGUAGAAAAACAAGUCAUCCCUUUCUUGCAACACCAAUUGGAACGCGCUGUUGAAAAACGCGAUAGCCACAAAAUCCAAGUUUACAUUCGCGCUCUUGGAAAUUUGGGACAUUCUAAGAUUUUGGCUGUUUUCGAACCUUACUUCGAAGGCAAACAACAAAUCACUGAAUUCGAACGUUUGGCUAUGGUAAUCGCCAUGGACAAAUUGGCCAUCAACUACCCCAAAGACGCUCUCGCUGUUUUGUUCAAAAUCUACCAAAACGUCGGUGAAGCCCAUGAAGUCCGCUGUGCCGCUGUCAUGCAAUUGAUGCGCACCAACCCUCCAGCUGCCGUUCUUCAACGCAUGGCUGAAUUUGCCAACGUAGACUCCUCCAAACAAGUCCGCGCUGUUGUCAAAUCUGUCAUUCUCUCUGCUGCCAAACUCGAAAACUACGAAAAUCAAGAACUUGCUCAAAACGCUCAUGCUGCCGCUGAUCUUUUGUCCAAGGAUGUUCUUGGCCUUCAAUACUCCACCCAACAAUUCAUCGACAACUACGUAUCUCAAUUGAAAUUGGCUUACAACUUGAACGCUGCUUACAUCACUGGUGAAGAUAGUGCUCUCCCUAAGGCUAUCUUCUACAAGCUUGAAGCUGACUUCGCCGGAUACAAACAAAGAUACUCCGAUGUCUACGCCAUGGUCUCCAGUGUUGAAAGAUUGGUUGAAGUAGUUUCUGCUCAAUUCAAGAACCGCGAAUCUGAACACGAAAGCGACCACUCUUCUGAAGACAAAUGGUCUGUUGAAAAAAUCGCCAAAAUGUUGAACAUGAAACCUGAAGAAGCUGAAAAAUUGGAAGCUGUCAUUUCCACUCGCAUGUUGAACACCAAGAGAUUCUUUGCUUUCGACAACCAAACCUUGAACGCUUUGCCCAAAGCCAUCCGCUCCGCCGCCGAAUCUCUCCGUCAAGGAAAAUCUUUCGACUUCACUAAAUUGUACAACCGCGAUGUUAUCACCAUUGCCUUCCCCUUGGAAACUGGUAUGCCCUUCGUCUACUCUUUGAAGACUCCCACUUUGGUCAAAAUGACUGGUGAAUUGCGCGCUCGCACUACUCCUGAUUUGGCUUCUGGAUCUUCCAAGAACGUCGAAGUACCUUCUGCUGUAAACGCCACUGGAUCUUUGAAAGCUGUCUACUCUCAAAUGACUCAAGCUACUGUUGGAUUUGUUAACACCUUCAGCCAUCACCGCUAUGUUGCCGGAUACAACAAGCACAUGCAAACUUACUUGCCUUUGUCUUACAAGAUUGACUUCGACCUUGAAAAUGCCGAAGCUCGCUUCCAAAUCAGUCCCUUGGAAAAGAGCAAGGAUGCUAAACUCAUCCAUCUUAGUGCCUGGCCCUAUGUUGCUAAAGUCGACAUUUUGUCUUUGAGACCCAUCAGCGAAAACAGCCACGUUCAAGUUCUUCACGUACGCCCCGCUAAGCGCUUGCAACAAGUCUUCGGACAAAAAGCUACUGGAUUUGCUUUCCGUGUAGAAGCCCACACCGAAGCUAAAUUUGUAGAUUAUGCCUGGAUCCUUGAACAAAUCAAACGUCACGAUAUUGUUUCCGGACUUGCCUUCCCAUGGGCUACUCCCCUUCUCCAUCACGGUGAACUCAACUUGUACUACGAUGCUGAACACACCACCGCUAAACAAGCCAUCUUCACCGCUUCCUUCGAUUACGAAAUUGAAGGAGAAAACAUCUCCGAAAGAAGACAUCCUCGCUCUCGUGGUGACAGCUCUGAACAAUUCUCUGCUCCUUCUUCCACCUCUCCCAACAGCCAACGUCGUCAACAAGAAAUGCUCCAAAAAGUUGGAAACGGAAUUGAAAACAGCCGUGCCUAUGUUGUAGACCUCAGUGCCCAAUUCGAAGGACAAGAAAAAGCCGACUUUGUUUUCACUGCUGCCUACGGUGCCAGCCCCGUCGACAAAAAAUCUCGCUUCAUCUUCUUCUACAAUCAAUCUCCAGCCAAAAACCAAAAAUACCAAGUUUGCUUCACUGCUGAAUCUAAAUUCCCCAAUGUACCUACCUUGAACUUCCGCGAAGCUUUGAAAUUCGACGCUACCUCUCGUCUUGACAUGACCCUCAACUUCGGCGAAAAAUGCAAAUCUGGUUCCGAAAUUGUAUUGAAGGGAAAAAUGGAACAAAGCGAUGAACGCAAAGAAUACGUCCGCCGCCUUCCCUUGGCUAGACAAUGUGAAGAACAAAUGCAACACGGUGACUACCAACUCCCUGCUUGCCAAAACAUGACCGUUCAAGCCAACUUGAUGGAUCUCUACACCUUGUCCGCCGAAUUCCAGAAAAUCUCUCCUGAAGCUAGAAAUGUUACCUAUAAAAUCUACAACACCAUCCGUCAAUGGACUAACCAAUACCUCAGCGAAAACAUGAUCGAUGUCCAAAACAAAGAAAACAAAAUCGAAUUGUCUGCUCGUUUGGCUCUUGACUUCUCCGCUGUAAACGCUACCUUGUUGGCUCCUCGCAUGAUGGCUCAAUGGACUAACUUGCGUGUUAACCCUUGGGUAAGACCUGUAAUGUCCAUGCACCCAACCAUGUCCGUAAUUGAACGUUUGGGACAAAAAGUCAUGAAAGGACAAUAUGCUCCUACCUGCACUAUUGGACAACACCUCAUCAAUACUUUUGACAACAAAACUUUCCCCGCUCAAUUCGGAAAAUGCUGGCACGCUCUCAUGCAAACCGUUCCCCACAAACAUUUCGAUCAACAACAAUACCAAAGAGACUUUUUGGGUCGUCAAAUGGCUGUUCUCGUCCGCGAAAACGGAUCUGAAAAGGAAUUGAAAAUCAUCGUCGACCAAGAAUCUAAGAAACAAUACCUAAUUGAAAUGCAAUCCUCCGGAUCUUCCACUCCCCGUGUAAUGAUCAACGGUAAAGAACAACACGUUUCUGAAAAGCAAGCCGCUCAAGUUUUCUCUGGUGCUUUCUCUCGUCGCACUCCAUUGAUCUCUGUUUACGCUUUGCCUAAUGGAGAAAUGAAAGUCGACAUCCGCGGACAAGAACUUCAAGUCAUCUUCAAUGGCAAACAAAUCAAAAUGAUUGCCAGCGACUACUUGCGCAAAUACAUCCGUGGUGUCUGCGGAACCUUCACUGGAGAACAAGUCGAUGAAUUCACCACCCCCAAGAACUGCAUCGUUCGUGACCCCCGCAUCUUCAUCGCUAGCUACGCCCUUGCCGACGAAAACUGCCAAGGACCUUCCAAGGACUUGCAACGUCGCGUUUCUGAUGCCGUCUGCAUUCGCAAAGCCACUGUUUUCGGAAACGUCAUCAGUGAACGUCAAGCUGGACGCAAAUCCCACCAACAAGAAUCUAGCUCUUCCAAUUCCAGCAGCAGCUCCUCCAGCUCCAGCAGCUCUUCUUCCUCCAGUUCCUCUUCUUCUGAAUCCUCUGAAGAAAGAAACACCCACAAAAAAUCCAACAAACGUGGACAAUGCCAAACUAAACACCAAAUCCAAUUUGUAGAAAAGGACGGACGCACCUGCUUCACCAUCCGUGCUCUUCCCGCUUGCGAAAAACACUGCAAGCCUACUGAAACCAUCCAAAAGGAAGUCGAAGUUCACUGCCCACAAGGAAGCGUUGCUGAACACUACAAACAAAAGAUCCUUAAAGGUGUCAACCCUGACAUGAGCGGAAAAUCUGUCUCCAGAGUUCUUAAAUUCAAGGUCCCCAGAUCUUGCGUCGCUUACUGAAUCUACGAAAUAAAAUCAUAAUGAAUAAAUUAAGCAAAUUGUAAAAACUGUAAA